CAGUUAUUCAGCAGAGAAAACGAGAAACGCGAGUCAAGAAAAUUCCACCGAGAAAGAAAUCUCAAUUUUGAAUAAAUAUUGAAAAUGGUUGCAUCUAACAUGUUGGUCAACGUGACCUAUAUUGACGACUCCGUUCGUGGUCAUCAAGAGUCAUGUCUGUAUUUCUGGGGAUCUACAAAAGAUCGAAUUUGGAAUUUGGAGAUGGAUUUGCAUCUGGAAAAACUCAAGUCACAAUUAGAAAAACAAGACCCACCCAUGAAUCCUGGUGACCUGGACAGUGAAGAAAUUUUGUGUGUCUAUAUUGACUUUAGGUGGCACAGAGUCAGAAAGUCAGCAGAUCAAGAAUUGAAGUUGAAGAACUCUGGCAGGCUUGAAGUCUUUUGUGUUGAUUCUAGGAAGACACAUCGAGUUCAUCUAAACUGCAUUCGGACACUGGACUUUGGUGACAUUGCUGGGUGUGAACCAAAGAAGUUAUGUGCAGCUUGGUCUAUCCGUGACUGCCCUCCCCUUGCUGAAAAAUUUGUACUUGUGGAUGUCAUAGCCAAAUUUGACAAUACCACUCUUACCCGGCAAUGGAGUGAUUUGGCAAAGCAGUUUUUUAAGGCCAAUGUCGAAGAUAGAAUAUGGGAAGUCAUCCCCGUGGCAAUGUACGGUGAACAUCAAGGUGUAAGGCUGAUUGAUUCAAAUAAUCGGCUGCUGGCUGAUCAACUGAUUGAAGAAAAGUUUGGAGGACCGGCUGCAUUUGAACACUGUGAGGGGGAAUUGCUCUUUCAUCCAGCAGCAGUUCUUUCUAACUCUCCACGAAAUGUGUUCUUUACGUCACCCUUUGGCUUGCCUAUACAAGGGCAGCCAACGCCGGGUAAAAAGCAAAUCAAAGUUGUUUACGUAGAUGACUCGUCGAGUUUCUACCUGCAUUUCGUUGAUUCCGGCAACAGCCUGGUAAAAUUUGGAUCAACAUUACACAGCUUUUAUUCCGAAGAGUCCAGGCCGUCCAUUAAGGAUCCGCGGGUCGGCGUGGCAUGUGUGGCGAGAUACGACCAAGACCGUAUUUGGUACCGAGAACAAAUUCUGAAAAUCUAUGAUCAUCUGCGAGCCAUAGUUCUUUUCUUCGAUUAUGGAAACAAGCAACUUGUCCCCAUCGGACAAAUCAAAAGCAUAGACGCAGAAUUCAUUCAGCUACCUUCGUUUGCGUAUCACUGCCGGCUGGGUGGAGUAGCCUCAUUUCGCGUCUGGACUCAAGAAGAAGUACGAGAAUUAGAAAGCCGAACCAGAGAUAAGGUAUUAUCCGCGACGUUUACUAAUCCGGAUCCCGUAGGCAAAUAUCCUGUGCGAUUGGUGGAAGAUACAGCUACCGGAGCCAUUGUCUUUAACGAAGAAUUUGCCGCGCCGCGGUAUAAAAGUCGCAGCGUUCUCGACAAACCAAUCGGUGUCGUCAUAGCUUGUUAUCCCGUCGUCAGUUUUAAAGACGGGAAUCUUUAUUUCCAUAUUGCUUCAGUUGACGAUUCCCAUCAGGAAAAAUUGGAAAAACUUGAUAGGUUUGAUGGUGCCUUGUCUCCUAAUGACUUGCACGAGGAUCUGCCCAGACCCGGAACUCCGUGCGUGGCUCGUUUUGACGAAGACGGUUGUUACUAUCGCUCGCAAAUCCUCAGUAUUGUUGAUGACAUUGCCAACAUUCUUUUUGUUGAUUAUGGAAAUCAACAAAAGACUCCUCUAUCACGACUGAAACAAAUUACCCCAGGUUACGUGGAGUUGCCGCCAGUGGCUUAGAAGUGUAAAUUAAAGGGGGUCAAGUUCAACCCGAUCUGCCCCGAUUUCAUGGAACACAUUGACGCAUGCUUUCUAACAAACGAGGAGCUUUCUGCUUUGUUUCACGCUCCCCCUUCAGGUGACUGUGGUGAAGUAUUUGAAGUGGAUUUGACUGUUUCUAAAAUUGGCGAUGCGGCCCAGUUUUUGAUUAAGAAUGACGUAUUGGAACGUGUAUCUCUAAAGCGGAGCCUAUAACUUAAUAACUUACCUCGACACAAGAAUCAGCGGCGUCGAUUGUCGCAGAGAGCGUAAGAAAUCCUUAUUUAAGAUAAAGUUCUUUAACGGGAAGGAGUGACGUCACUUUCAUUAGAAGAAUUACGCUCUCUAAAUAUCUUUGACAUCUAUUCCUACACGAGUACGAUUAAUGAAUCGUCAUUCUUAAUUACCAAUGUUUGUUUUUUAAAAUUUUCAGGCUAGCUAUACUCGUGGAUUGAAUCUUUCAACAUGAGAACCCAAGAUGUGGUGAAAUAUUUAGAGCAGUGGAUUGCAGUGUCUGUUCACGUUGCUCCGGCAACCUAUUCUCUCGUCCUUCUUUGCCCGAUUUCACUUGCCUAUAACCACUACUAACCGUGUGCUUGUUCAGUAACUAACCUUGUCUUUCAAUUUAAGCCUGCAAAUGUUGGAUUUUUUUUUUCAAUAAAGAACUUCUGUACGUCGUACCAUUCGUGGCGAAAGUUUUACUAGAGUCAUGUGCUAAGAGCUAAGUUUUCAAACCACCCAAGCAAUGGACCCUAGGAAUCAUGUAGAUUUUGGAAGAACUACAUCGGGAGCCUGACUGGAAACUGAAUUUUAAAUUUGAAGUCAAAGUUCUUUGCAAAACUCUAGCCAUUGAAAUUCACGAUGUUAAGCCGGGAGUAGUCUUCAAGGAUCCUGUCACGUUUGGAACCGCAGUUGUCCCAUCCGCAAUUACAACAAAUGUAUCAACAAGUACCACAAUUGCAAAUCAUUCAGCAACAGAAGCAGCAGCAGACAACACCACCCAACAACUUGCUGGCUCUCCUGCACAACAAAUGCAAUCCCAGCCUGACACAACUACUCCAACACCAGCUCCAUCACA